UGGCGGGAUAUCAAAGACUGGCACAUCGGGCAGGACUCCGGGCAGCGGCACACCGGGCAGCGGCACACCGGGCAGGACUCCGGGCAGAGGCACAUCGGAUCACCAGGCGGGGCGACAGGCGCCAGGCCCCCCAGGCGGGGCGGCGGGCGCCGGGCCCCCAGGCGGAGCGGCGGGCGCCGGGCCCCCAGGCGGAGCGGCGGGCGCCGGGCCCCCAGGCACGACAGUGGGCUCCGAGUCAACUGGCAUGACCGCGGGCACUGGGUCAGACAUUGGAUUGUCUGGCUCGACAGCGGGCAUCGGGUCACCAGGCUGGAUCAGUUCAUCAGGCUGGGUAGAAACAUCAUGCUGAAUGGAGGCUUCAGGCCGGGUGGAGGCUUCAGGCCGGGUGGAGGC